AUGGGAAAGCGCAAGGUUACCGCCCUCGAGAAAGUCGACGUAGACUUCGCGAGUUUGCAGUACAAGAUCCGCCGCGACCCCAGAUCCUACGAGGAAAACUUCCUUCAGCAAUGGGGCCAGUACGAGAGUCAGCGCGAGGUCUUCCUCGUCUCCCCGACGACCGCGACGAGAGAAUACACCGAAUCCUUCCAUAACCUGGUCGACCUCAUCGCCCACACCGCCGACCUCUACCCGAAGCACGCCGGCGCGUUCCCCGAUGACCUGAAGGCGAUCCUCCUCCAGCACCACGAGGUGCUGCACCCGGAGCUGCGCGAGAAGAUCGUCGGCAGCUUGGCGCUUCUUCGCAAGAAGGAAGUCAUCGACUCGACCUCGUUCCUCACGACUCUGUUCCCGAUCCUCGUCUCCUCGCCGAGCAAGACGCUGCGCACGCUCCUCUUCCAGAAGAUCCUCUCCGAGAUGCGCAAUGCCAACUCCAAGGGCACGAACCACCCGCUCAACCGCACCAUCCAGACCGUUCUCUACAACCUCAUCACCGCCGACCGCACGUCACCGAAGGCGCUGUGGGCCGUCAAGCUGACGAGAGAGCUGUGGAAGCGCCAGAUUUGGACUGAUGCGAAGACAGUCGACGUCAUGAAGGAAGCGUGCUUGUCAGAAAACGAGAAGGUCGUCAUCGGUGCCACGAGAUUCUUCCUGGGUGGCGACAAGGAGCGCGAGGAGAUGGAGGACGAAGACAGCGACGAGGAGCAGAUUGACCUGCAGAAGAUGAAGCACCAGAUCGGCAUCAACAAGAAGUCCAAGAAGCAGGCGAACGCAUACAAGAAGGCUGUCUCCAAGCUCCACAAGCAGGAGCGCAGCAAGAGCAAGCCCCAUCCGCUCAACUUCUCCGCCUUCCACCUGCUGCACGAUCCUCAAGGUUUCGCCGAGAACGUUUUCCAGAAGCACUUGCAAAACACCAAGGUCAGGUUCUCGGCCGAGAACAGGAUACUCGUCCUGCAGUUGGUUACGAGACUUGUCGGUCUGCACAAGUUGACUAUUGUCGCGCUGUACUCGUGGUUCAUCAAGUUCCUCACGCCGCGCCAAGAGUCCGUCACAUCAUACCUCGCCUCCCUGGCCCAGGGAACACACAACCUGGUCCCGCCCGACGCCAUUGAGCCACUCAUCCAGAAGAUUGCCAACGAAUUUGUGUCAGAAGCUUCCGCCGCCGAAGUCGCCGCUGCCGGUCUCAAUGCUAUCCGCGAAAUUUGUGUUAGACAACCUCUGGCGAUGAGCGACACGCUUCUGCAAGAUUUGGUCCAGUACAGGAAGAGCAAAGAUAAGGGUGUCAUGAUGGCCGCGAAGGGUCUUCUGUCUCUGUACAGAGAAGUCGGCGCGGAACUUCUGAUGAAGAAGGACAGAGGCAAGGAUGCGACCAUGGGUCUGAGAAGCGGUGAGAUGAAGCAGAGGAAGUUUGGAGAAGAGCAGGUCGGUGGCAUCGAAGGCAUUGAGCUGUUGGCCAAGUGGAAGGAGGAGCAGCGCAAGCUCAGACGCGAGGCUAAAGGUCUUCCGGCCGACGGCAGCGACAAGGACGACGAGGAGGAGGAUGGCUACAACUCGGACGACUGGGAGGUUGACUCAGACGACAGCGAUGACUCUGGUGGCUGGAUUAAUGUUGAUCACUCUGAUGACGAGGAGGACGAGCCUGCGUCCAAGAAGCGCAAGACGGGCGAGGAGGGCUCCGAGGACGAAGAGGAGAAAGACGAAGAAGACGACGCUGCCGAGAUCGAGAGGAUACAGAAGCUGGCAACAACCACCAUUCUCACCCCCGCCGACCUGGCGAAGCUGCAAGAGCUGCGCAUGGAGGCCAGCCUUAACAAGACGCUGGGCAACAGGACGUCGAAGAGGUCGAAGGAGAUUGAGAAGGCGCUGCAACGGCACAUGGACGACGGCCUCACGGCGGAGCAGAUCGAGGCGCCGGCCAAGCUGCGCAAGACCACCAAGGAGGAGAGAGUGGCGAUGGCGAAGGAGGGCAAGCCCGACCGCGAGGAGCACAAGUCCACGAAGGCGAUCCGCAAGUCCAAGAAGGAAGCCGAGGGCAAGAGCACGACGAACAAGGAGAAGGCGCGCCAGAAGAACUUCUUGAUGACGCUGAGCAAGGCAAAGUACAAGAACAAGCGCAGUCUGGUGCAGACGCGCAAGGUGCUGCAGGGACACAUUGACAGGAGUAAGGCUGGUGGUAGACGGCGUAACGGCAUGUAG